GUUCCCGAGAGAACGCACUGUGGCUAAAGCCAGAGGAUAAAGAUGUGCGGCAGAAAUCAACCUGGGAAAUGCUCAAGGACAACGGAUCUAAUCACAGAUUAUCCACAUCAAAUAGCCAUCUCAACAUUUAGUUUGUUGUGACUUAUUAUUCAUCAGAAUGUUUUCAAUUUGUCCAACAAGUUUGCUGUUGUGUGCUCUGAUGUGUCGGAGUGUUGCCUCGGAAACAACCUGGAACAACACUGAAACCAGAGAGGGCUCAGGCUAUGGUGACACAACAUCCAACAACCAAGAUGGAAAGCCCUCAUCUUUUCCCCAGUGUCAGUAAUCAGUGAUAAGGAUCAUCUUAAUUAGCAUCCCAGCUUUUACAUGUUUGAUCAUUUGCUUUCUCUUUCCAGACACUGAAAUCAGAGAGGGCUCAGGCUAUAAUGACACAACAUCCAACAACAAAGAUGGAAACCCCUCAUCUUUUCCCCAUAGACAUGACAGUAAUAAAAGAGAUAGCAUCCCUCAGGUCACACUGACCUUGAUCUGAUCAAUGAUUUAUUUAGAGUCAGUAAUCAGUGAUAACGAUCAUCUUAAUUAGCAUCCGUACUUUUACAUGUUUGACACAUUUUACUUCCUCUUCCCAGACACUUCCAAGGAAUCUUACUACCGCCACCUACAAGGACAUACCAUAGAGAACAAACCAUAUGACGUUUAUUUGUAGGCCAACCAGGGAGUAGGAUCGCCAUGGGGUCUAUCGAGAAUUCGCCUAUGGGACUUUUGCAUUGGAUUUUGGAUCAUUGCAGAAAAAAAGCUCUGUGGCAAACGCACGUUUCUGAUGCGAAGGCAUUUUGUUCAAUCUUCACAAAUGAACACCAUUUUUAUGAUGUUUGAAGCGUUAAAGAGUCCAUAUUAUGCAGUUUUUGGGGGUUUGUAUAUUUAAUCUAUGUACCUACUUUUGUACGUUCACAAUAGCUAAAGUUCGACAAAAGUGUCUGUUUUCAUGUACUGCUCCUCCUUGCUCCCUCUCCGCUCUGAGUCCGUCAGCUGCACUCUGUUGAGCCCACACUGUUAGACCCCACGUGGGCCAAGUCUGCUCUGAUUGGUCUGCCGAUCCGCUCUGUCCUUAUUGGUCAGUUGCUCAGCACGCGUCUCAGAAAUUUCAACAUGAGCUGCAGGGCCACAACGAGCCAAUGGGCUUAGAUCAGCGAUUUUUAUCGAGGGGGGCUAGAACCGAGCGUUACAUGCAGCUAAUGCCACAGCUAACAGGAGGACGUAGGAGAAGCCGCGUUUCCGCAGACUUUGAAUAUAUAAUAACAUAUAUAUAUAAAACCAGAAAAAGCAUAAUAUGGGACCUUUAAUGCGGCAGACAGAAGUAAAAAGCUAACGUUAUGCUAUAGCGAACUACACCACGGUCGGAUGAUAUUGACGUCACUACCGUUAUGCUUCAGACCAUCUCCGGUAGACUAAUCUGCGUAGUUUAAUAAAUUUGCCUUAACACAAAGAUUAAACCUACAGGAGAUAUCACAGACUAGUGAGAGAGUUCUUGGCGUUUGUGUCUGGCUUGAUGACGUUUAAUGUUCCCGACAACCACUGUAGUCUUAUUUAGCCACUUGUUAGCAACCGCCUUUUUAAGGACGCGUUAAAAAAUUCAAAAUUCACAAGUGGGGGUAUUACCUAACAUAGUUUAUGUCGUCUAACAAAACGUCAACAUCUCUAUAGCUUGUUUUAACCACAGACCUUAUUUCCGGCGUCUAACCACAAACCCCAUUCAAAAUUCCCAUUGACUUUUAGACGAUAGACCCCAUGGCGCUCAAAUGCUAACUUAUUUCCGGGUGCCCUAUUACUGAUAGCUUUGGCAAUAAUAUUCAUAAAAGAUACUUUAGGGUUUUAAAAUGAAAGUAACAACCAUUUUUACCAUUUUUUAUUUAUUCUUUUGUCACAAACAUUUGUUGAUUCUAAAAGCUUUUUAUUAUCUUGUUGGUUAACAGUUCAGGGUCUGCUAUCGGGGAGAUUAAAAUGUUUUACUUAGCUUCCUUGGUAAUACUUGUUUGACAUGUUUUACUUUUUCUUUCCAGAUGGCAUGACUGCAACAGGCUUUCAGCAUACUGUCAGCAUAGCCGGACGCUACAACUACGAUGGCCCACCAUCCAACCAACUAGUAUACCCCGUCUCUCGCAAUGAACAUGAUGUCAGCUUUAUCCUAGAUGGCUUUGGUCUUUCUGAAGUAUCAUCCGACCAACUCGUCAGAGAAAAUGUCGGCUUAGCCAGACCCAGCAACUACCAUGGCACACCAUCCAACCACCCGAAAGAAUACCCCAUCUCUCCCAAUGAAUAUGAUGGCAGUGUGGCAGGACGGCCCUAUCCUAAAAUAAGACCAAACCGAUGCAACUGUACUAAAGGUACCCAACAUAGUCCUGAUGCAAAUCCUCUGCAGUCUUCUAACACCAGCAGGCAAGAAAUCUCAGAGGAGGCGCAGCUGUUUCUAACAGGACCUGUGUCUACCAUCCUCAUCCCGUCCUUCUAUUCGCUGGUCUGUCUCAUCAGUUUACCCAUCAACAUCUGUGCAGGGCUGGUCUUCAUUAAAAAAAUAAAGAUUAAGAAGCCGGCAGUGAUCUACAUGCUGAACCUGGUCUGUGCUGACCUGCUCUUUGCCAUGGUGCUGCCCUUCAAGAUUUCAUACCGUUUUAACGGAAACAACUGGAUAUUCGGUCCAGCCAUGUGCCGUGUGGUCACCGCAGCCUUUUACUGGAACAUGUACUGCUCCGUUCUGCUCAUAGCCCUCAUCAGUGUGGACCGACUUCUCGCUGUGGUCUAUCCUAUUGACUCCCUGUCUUGGAGAAGUCCUAGAAAGGCCAUCAUAGCCUGUGUAGCCGCGUGGUUUCUCUCCUUUGCUGGCUCGAUGGACCUCCUCUUCACUGAACAGACUUUCCACCUUAAACAGUUGGGCAUCACCACCUGCCAUGACAUCCAACCCUCACAGCUUUUCUUGUGCCACAAGAUGUAUUUCGUCACUCUCUGCUGCCUCCUCUUCUUCCUGCCUCUGAUCAUUACCUUGGUGUCCUACACUCGUGUGAUCAUGACCCUGAGCAAGGACCAACCAGGAGUUCCAGACCAUUCACUUAAGAAAAGAAGAGCAGUCUUUUUGUCUGGAACGGUACUGGUGAUGUUUGUUCUCUGUUUCACACCCACUAACCUCGUCCUCAUUAUGCAAAAGCUUAAGGAUACAGAAGGAGCUCAGAUCGAAGACAAUGCAGACAUCCUCUACAUAGUCUAUUUGAUCUUUUUGUGUUUGGGAAGUCUGAACUGCCUCCUUGAUCCCCUGGUCUACUACUUUGGCUCAUCCCAAUUCCAGAAAGAGCUAUUCAGUAUGCUAGGGUGGAAGAAGAAGACACAGGGCACCAGUGGCGGUCCAUCUUCAUCAAGUGAUCCAAGCAGUUCCACCAGCCAACCAAACAUGAAAUCCAACCACCAACAAAACUACAAAAUAAACACUCCACCCACCAAGAGUGACUCUUCUCAAGCAAACCUUUGCAGCCAGUGCAAGAAACAACUGGUCUGACAGGCACACUCAGCAGACAUCAUAGGGGAAUUCUGGUGUUUUAAAACCUGUAUCCUCCAUUUAUUUGACAUAUUAAAUUACUUUAAGGCACAUAAAGUUGUGGAAUAGCUGCGAAGAUCACUUCACUAUGUGUCUGUAAGACAGGCUUUAAUGGCUGCAAUAUGUUCUUUCAGGGAAAAUCUGACUGUUCAGAAUGAGUACAAAUAGUGCAUCAUUAAAGAACGAUUUCUUUUUUUUUGUAGUUAAAGUUAAUGUCUCUGAUGAGAGUAACAAAUCCCUUCAUUGUAAUGAUGCAGGCUUUUUAUAUUACAGCCUAUUGUACUCAGAUUUUUUAAAGCACUUACAAAAUAAAAAGGGAGGUUAGGUUUAUCUGACUGCUGACCACAAAUGGAGAUGAAUUUUGAUUUGUAUUUUGUAGAGCUGUCUAAAUGCACAAAGUAAUUUUUUUUUGUGGCAAAUCAGAAAAAACGAUCAACUCUGAGAAAAUCUGUGAUCUGAUCAGAAACCGUGACAUUUAUGAUCUGUUGCACCACAAGUCAAUCCCAGUAGUCUAAUUCUCUCCACUUCUUUAUCCCUCACGCUCGUUUAUGCGAAAGUCACCAGCUCCUAUUAUAUACUGCUGUAUUGAGCAAACAUAAAUGUAGAAAUAUUAUACAUGAAAUGUGAUUUCUUGUUUUUAUAGUGAAAUGAUGUCCAAUGUUUAAAAGGUGUGCAAAUGCUCAAUGGGGAUUUCAAUUCACAAUAUAUUCUCAUU